AUGGUAGAGGAAGAUAUAGUGAUUGUUGGAGCUGGACUAGCUGGUCUUUCUGCAUCUUUAGGACUUCACAGGUUGGGAUUGAGGAGCUUAGUGUUGGAAUCAUCAGAGAGUUUGAGAAUCACUGGAUUUGCUCUUACUGUUUGGAGCAAUGCUUGGAGGGCACUGGAUGCUCUGGGUGUUGGUGAUGCCCUUAGACAGCGUUCCUUACAGAUUCGAAGAUUUCAACUUGGAUCUCUUGCUACGGGAUUGCCUACAGCUGAGAUUUCACUUGAGCAACAAAACAAGUUUGGAAAGUAUGAAUCUCGUUGCAUCAAGAGGAGAGAGCUACUUGAGACCUUGGCGAAGGAGUUGCCACAAGGGACCAUUAGGUUUUCGUCAAAGGUUGUUUCUAUCGAGGAAUCUGGACACUUUAAGUUGGUUCACUUGGCAGAUGGAUGUGUUAUCAAGACUAAGGUCUUAAUCGGCUGCGAUGGAGUCAACUCAACUGUUGGAAAAUGGUUAGGCCUCCCACAUCCUAUUAGUGUUGGGAGAUCAGCAAUCAGGGGAUAUGUUGAGUAUUCAGAUGCUCAUAACUUUGAACCAAAAUUUCAUGGUUAUUUUGGCGGUGGCAUUCGCUUUGGUUUUGCUCCCUGUGAUGAUAAAAGCAUCUACUGGUUUUGCACUCUCAGUCCAUCCACUUCAAAUUGGCAUAAAGAUAAGGCGAAAAAUCCAGCUGAAAUGAAAGAAUUUAUCCUUGGCAAGAUCGCUAGCGUUCCAAAUGAAGUAUCAGAUAUUGUGGAAAAAACCAACCUUGACUGCAUCUCUUGUGCUGAUUUGAAAAUGAGAUUGCCUUGGCAUAUAUUGUUGAGGAAUAUUGCAAAAGGAAACGUCUGUGUGGCUGGUGACGCCCUUCAUCCCAUGACACCAGAUGUUGGUCAAGGUGGAUGUUCGGCGUUGGAAGACGGCGUCAUCUUUGCUAGGUGCAUUGCAGAAUCUUUCAAGAAGAUUUCAGAUGAAGGCGUCGAUGACGAAGAGAUGGCUGCAGCCAUUGAAGAAGGGGUCAACAACUACGUGAAAUGCAGGAAGUGGAGAAGUUUUAGUCUGAUAUCUGCAGCUGGUUUGGUUGGUUUCAUUCAAGAAAGUGAUCAUAAGUUGGUGCGCUUCUUGAGAGAAAAGUUCUUGUCUAAGUAUACCAUUUCUACUUUGAUCAAAAUGUCUGAAUACGAUUGUGGAAAACUCUGA